GAGAGUGAAUGGAACAAAUAAGAAUAAAAAAGAAGAACCAAAACAUAUCUUCCCAAACAGAGAAAAAUGAGUAACCAACAAAAAAAGCAAGAUUCAGGGAGUGGGUCAAGCUCGUCAGUACGCGGGGGAACCAGACUUCAGGAUGGAGGGGUUGUUUGCUACUGUGGCAGAGAUGCCCUUGUACGUCAAGCUUGGACAGACGCGAAUCCUGGUAGAAGAUUCUACAGAUGCGGUGAAGGAUGGAAGAGCGCGUGUGAUUAUUUCCGCUGGCGGGACGUGGAGCCACCAUCGGGAUGGCAAAAGCAAGCACUCCUGGAGGCUAGAGAUCAGCUGAGAUUACAGGCAGAAGAAUUAAACACGCUGCGGAGUAGACUGGCGAGCCGCGGCGAGGAAGCAGAGAACGAAAGCACCGUCGAGCUGUCUGAGGCCGUCGAGAAGCUGAUGAAAGAGAACGAGGCGCUACAGGUUGCCAAUCAUAAACUGUUGGAGAAGAAGAUAAGUUUGCGCCAGGUGUACAUCGUAGGGUGUGUAGGGUUCGUGUGUGGCGUUGUAACCCUCAUUCAGAAGAUGAAGUAGCCGGUGUGAGGGAUGCUUAAUAACUCUAAAAUAUAAUAUAACUUGAAAUAACUAAUGUGAUUUGUAUGUUUAUGAGACGCUAUCUUUUGCGAGUCGUGUAUCAUGUUAUAAAAGUUGUUAACGUUC